GACAAAUGUAGAGCAGAAAAAGGGCCCAGUUUUAUUGACACUUGGUGGUUAUCUAGUUAUUUGAGGGGAAAGGAGAGCUUUAAUGACCAUGAUGGUUCUGGGUGGAGCAGCACUUGAUCAAAUGAAGGAGAAGAUGGCUCAAGAUCUUUAUUUCUUUCCAAAGGCCGCAGUCAUUAUAAAGCUACCAAGAAAAUCCCCACUCAUGAUGAGGAUGAUUAUGUUAGCGACUAUAAUGAUGUGCAGUAUUUACAUAUCCUCUGUUUGUUUGAAACAUACUACAGCCCAGCUCAAUACACAGUCAACGAGGGUAAAAGCAAUAGGAACACAUUCUCGUGAUUAUGAACUUGUUGGCUUGAAGAAAAUAUGGAUCCAUAACAAGACAGAAGUAGUGAAUAAAAAGCCAAUAGAAGAACAUUCUUAUGAUUCUAAAAUUGUUAUUAUGAAGCAAACAGAGACCCAAGUGAUGACUGAGCCAAAAAUUCUGAGAAAACCAGUAGAUGAACAUCAUUAUGAUCCUAGAGUUGCUGGUUUGAAGCAAUCAAAGAUUCAACUGAAGCAAGAACAUAAGACAAAAUUACCUAUAUAUCAACAUAAUUAUGAUCUUAGAACUGUUGGUUUUAACCAAACUGAGGUCGAAAUCAAGGCGAAAUUGGUGACAAACAAUCUAACACAACCACGUUGUCCAGCUACCGGAAUCCCACAAUCAGAGGUUGCUUUUAUCCACUAUCCAGUGCCCACAAACUAUAGCAGGAGAGAAUGUGAGUGUACUCCGGUGAGGUUUUAUGUUAUUAUCUCCAUGCAAAGGUCUGGGUCCAAGUGGUUGGAAAGUUUGCUGAAUAGCCAUGUUAAUGUUAGCUCGAAUGGGGAGAUAUUUAUUGACAGAGAGAGGAGUAGUAAUGUGUCAGCCAUCACAAGGACAUUGGACAAAGUUUAUAAUCUUGAUAUGAGAAAUAGUGCUAAUAAGAAAGGAUGCACAUCUGCUGUGGGUUUCAAAUGGAUGCUCAAUCAGCGUAUAAUGGUUUACCGUGAAGAAGUUUCCAACUACUUCAAACAAAGAGGAGUCUCUGUUAUAUUCUUAUUUAGAAGAAACCUGUUGCGUCGUAUAAUUUCACUGAUAGCGAAUUCCCAGGAUCAUAAACGACUAAAUGGAACUCAUAAAGCUCACGUGAAUACGCAACAUGAGGCAGAAAUGCUAGCAAGUUACAAGCCAAAGCUUAAUGCUAAGUCAUUGGCAUCUAAACUGAUGCAUGCUACUUCGAGGGCUACUGAAGCUAUAGAGCAUUUCAAGAGCAUCCGCCACAUGGUUCUUUACUAUGAAGAUCUCGUUCAGAAUAACACUGAAAAGCUAAAUGAAGUCAUGGAAUUUCUCAGAGUGCCCCGGAGAAAGCUUCGAAGCCGCCAUGUGAAGAUACACACAAGGCCCUUGUCUCAGAUGGUCAAGAACUGGAAUGCUGUUCGCAAGGCCCUGAAGGGAAGCCAAUUUGAAAGCUUAUUAACAUCUGACUAAUUGUACACAAAAAACAAAAAAAAAAAACUUUUCAUUUUUUUUUAUCCCUCUUUAUCUGCUGGUUUCAUUCAAUCUC